AACUAGAGAAAGCCCGCGUGCAGCAACGAAGACUCAACACAGCCAGAAAAAAUAUUCUCACAGCCUUUGACUACCCCAUUUUACAGUUUAGGGAAACGGAGACAGAGAGAUUACUUGUCCAAGGCCUGCGCAGCUAGUAAGUACUGAAAUCGGAUGUGAACUCAGAGCUCAAUUUUUAGCCUCACCAAUAAUGUGAUGUAAGACAACAUAGUAAUUAUAAUGUUACACGAAAUAAUUUUAGGUCCUGCAAAGUUUUGUGAGCAAAAUCAAGGAGAGAAAUGAGGUUGUGUUUUGCUGGGAAGGUGUAAUUUAGAAGAGACAGGCAAGGGAGGCCUCUCGGAGUAAGCGGCCUUUGAAAAGGGACCAGACAAACGUCGAGAUCUGUGUGGAGAGAUGUCCAAGCAGGGCGCACAGCCAAGGCAAAGAGCCGGCGGCUGGCACUGCAAGAAGGCCGUCCGUCUGGGAUCCAAAGUUUCCAAGAUUCUAGUUUCGCUGAGACUCUGGUUUCCAGGCCUCCUGCGCACUGGAAUCAUCUCAGAUUCGACGUGCCCUAGAGGCUACCGGCUACGCGCACGCGAAGUUCUGCGGUUGCUUAGGGCCGGGGCCGCAGCGCUUAACUUUCCCCGGGCUGUGGGCGGGGCCUGUCUCACCUGUGGGGGCGGGGCUCCGGGCCGCCCCACCCCCUCCGGAGGACCCGCCCGCGGCCCGAGACUCGCUGCGCAGCUGGAAGCGGCGAGGCGUGCGCGGCGGGCGGGCGCAGCGCGGCGAAGCAGGACCGGGAGCUGUCUGCGGUCAGAAGCAGCAAUGUCCGUGAAGGUGGCGGCCCCGGGAAGCAUGGGGCUGGGCCCAGAGCACCUGAGCCCUGAGGAGCUGGUGCAACAGACGCGACAAGUGGUACAGGGGCUGGAGGCCCUGCGGGCAGAGCACCGGGGCCUGGCCGGGCACCUGGCGGAGACCCUGGCAGGACAGGGCCCGGUGGCUGGCCUGGAACUGCUGGAAGAAAAGCAGGAGGUGGUGAGCCACUCACUGGAGGCCAUCGAGCUGGGGCUGGGUGAGGCCCAGGUGCUGCUGGCCCUGUCGGCACAUGUGGGCGCGCUGGAGGCUGAGAAGCAGCGGCUGCGAGCGCAGGCCCGGCGGCUGGCCCAGGAGAACGCAUGGCUGCGGGAAGAGCUGGAGGAGACGCAGCAGCGGCUGCGGGCCAGCGAGGAGGCUGUGGCCCAGCUGGAGGAGGAGAAGAGCCACCUGCAGUUCCUGGGGCAGCUGCAGCAGUAUGACCCGCCGGCGGAGAGCCAGCAGCCCGAGUCCCCCCAUCAGCAGGACAGCCUGGCCUCCCUGUUCCCCGGUGAGGAGGAGGAGAGGAAAGGUCCCGAGGCAGCGGGGGCCAUCUCUGCUCAGCAGGGUGGCUACGAGAUCCCGGCCCGCCUUCGGACCCUGCACAACCUCGUGCUCCAGUACACGGGGCAGGGCCGCUACGAGGUGGCUGCACCGCUGUGCCGCCAAGCCUUAGAGGAUCUGGAGCGGAGCUCGGGCCACUGCCACCCUGACGUGGCCACCAUGCUCAACAUCCUGGCGCUGGUGUACCGGGACCAGAACAAGUACAAAGAGGCCACAGACCUUCUCCACGACGCCCUGCAGAUCCGGGAGCAGACACUGGGCCGGGAGCACCCCGCGGUGGCCGCCACCCUCAACAACCUGGCCGUCCUCUACGGGAAGCGUGGGCGUUACCAGGAGGCGGAGCCCCUGUGCCAGCGCGCCCUGGAGAUCCGUGAGAAGGUCCUGGGCGCCAACCACCCGGACGUGGCCAAGCAGCUCAACAACCUGGCCCUGCUGUGUCAGAACCAGGGCAAGUUCGAGGAGGUGGAGCGGCACUACGGCCGGGCCCUGAGCAUCUACAAGGCCCUAGGUGGGCCUCACGACCCCAACGUGGCCAAGACCAAGAACAACCUGGUGAGGGCGCCUUGGGGCGUGGGUGUCUUGGUCCCGGGGCCGCGGCACUGGGGAGCACCCAUCGGCUGGAGGGUGGGAUACCACCGAGGCCAGGGGCCCCACCUCUGCCCAGCCCUCGAGCUGUCCCGUGAGACUCGGCUUCCAAGCUGGGCCCUGACUGGUGAGGUUGCUCAGCACAGAGGACACAGAAGCAUCAGGAAACAGGCAAGUUGGUGGCAGCCAGAGAACAGCUCCAGUCAAAGAGGAAGCCAGAGACGGGCUGGGAGCAGAUGAGAGCGUUUAU